AUGAACGAGAACUGGCUAUCUAUUGCCAGUGCGCGUAGGCUCAGGGAUAAGAGUUAUGAUAAGCUGGUGAGGAAAGAAAGCACACGGAUUCCGGCAAGACCUGCAGCCUCUGCACCGAACCGAUCCUCGAUUUCUUUCUCAUCUUACAGCUCACUGGUUGUACAUCACCCGAAAAUUGGCCAUACACGCACAGUCCGGAAUGGUUCAUUUCGGCACUGUGACCAACAUUCGAGUGGAGAGUGCGAACGGCCGCCUUAA